CAGUAGCAACUCUGUUUUUUGCCGUUUAGUAUGUUCCUUGUGUUUUUGCUUUCGUAUGCAAUUGAAGCGGAAAACCUCAAAUUCUCUGAUUGAAACAAAGAUAAAUUUAAUCAAUUAGUGAAUGAGAGUUUGGAUAAUAAUUGAUCAAAAAAUACGUUAGUUGUUUUUAAAAUGUGUAUAACACUAUUUAUUUUGGAAAUAAAUAAAUAGGAGCUAAAUGUACUGAUUGCAAAAAUGGACAUGGAGACGUGUGACGACGAUAGUUUCUACGGGAAUUUCGACAGAUUGAUGCCGUCAUCAGACAACUAUACGUUUGAUGAUAUUGAAGAAAUACUACGUUCUACUGAUUCACAUCUCGAUUCAUCCAUUGACUUGAAUAAUCUUAAUACACAUAAUGUGCAAGAUUUUGACUUACCCUUCGAUGUGAACAUUCAUAACUCUUCAUCGCAAGCUGCAUCGACGAAUAAUGAAUUUAAUUUUGCAUUGCCACUAUCCUCUAACGAAUUGUACAGUCCUGAGACAUGUAACUCCAUCCACAAGUCACAGCGUACUUCGUCCAUUUCAUCAAUGGAUGAAGACAGCUUUAACCCAGAUGAUUUUAUCAACUUUCUGAAAAACGAUGACGUAAAGAUGAAUUUCCUUAACGAAAAUGAGUUGAGACAACGUAAUACGCCCUCUCCUACGGAUAGUUGUAGUAGUUCUGGUGGUAGUUCAACGAGUGGAGUACAGAGCGAUGUUUCAUCAAUAGGUUCACAAACUAAAACUUAUACGCAUGUUAAUCCCCCCUUAGAUGUCUUGAAUUGCAUGAAGGAGGAAAUAUCUAAUGAGAAUAACCAUACACCCGCUUUAGAAAUAAAAGAGGAGAACUGCUUUACACCUAUAACAGUGAUAUCGCCUCCAGUAGAUCAACAACAAACUAUUGUUUUACCAGCGAUAAAUACAAGCAAUGUAACCGUUUCAUUACCAUUAAUGGUACCGCUGGUGCCGUUGAACACAACUACCACCAAUGCAGCUAACCUUCAAACAAUUCAGCCCCUACAGCCAGUUGCACCUAUUAGUGUGCUAUCAAGAACGUUGCUCCCUGUUAAGACCGUAGCAAUAAAAUCUAUAGCACAAGUAACCAGCCAGAACAAACAGUCGUCACAACAAAAAGUUGAACCGAAACUGGCCCCGAAAGGGAACGUUGAUAACUCUAAUAACGCUAAAACAUCCAUUGCCUCCUCAUCAAUUGCUACAAAAGUUGUUCCUCCUAUAAAUGCGAAACCCAAAACUGUAUUUCUAACUUUAAAUGAUUAUAAAGCAUUAACCCAAAUAAAUGGGAAAAAUAUAAAGGGUGUUGUCACAAAUUCACCUAAAAUAAUAUUGAAAACCGCAAGUGGAAAAGUUAUUACAGCCAACAAAAUAGUAUCUUCUGGCAACGGUGCGUUAGGCAUGCAUUCUAACUUGAUACCUAAAAUUGGUAAGACAAACAAUGGACCAGUGUUUAUUAAGCAACCAUCGUCAAAGAUUACAAACUUAGGUGCUAAUACCAUGGGAACUUCAAAGUCCUCUUUUAUAAGCUCCAGCCCUACCAGUUUAAGUGUUUAUAAAGGUCUCAUUGACGAGAAAAUGUGGAAGAAACAGCAGCGCAUGAUCAAAAACAGGGAAUCUGCUUCUUUGUCUCGCAAAAAGAAAAAGGAGUACGUUGUUUCUUUGGAGUCACGUAUCAGCGACUUAGAAAAGGAAAACUGUACACUGAAAGGGGAAAAUUCAUCGUUGCGUUCCCAAUUGGUCGCUUUGGCACAAUCUUGUCAAUGCAAAAACAGCAACAUAAGUGAAUUUGUUUUAAAUACUUUAGAUAUCAAUGCAAAAGUAAGCGAUCAACAUGUGAAAAUUGCACCGAAACUAAGCGGAAAAAGUUUAAAGCAACGGAUGACAGCCACUAACAUUAAGAAGAACAUAGCGAUUCUCUUCGCUCUGGCCUUUAUGGUAUCCUUGAAUGUGGGUAAUUUUCAUAACUAUAUGAAUAAAAACCACAUUGAGAAUUCAAUUGAGUCGGAUCCAACUAAUUCUGAGGAGCCAUCUACAGGCCGGCGUUUGCUUUGGGCCGAAACGGAAAAUGAAUUUAAGCAGAAGUUAAAUAACACAAAGAGGGAAGCGGAAAUGGAUGUGCCUCCACUACAUUUCCUGCAUCCAGUUAAUCGCUCUAGGGGAAGACUGUUAAAGGAGCAGAACGCCAAUAGAACAACAAACGAGAUGCCAAUAACAUCCGCGUCAAAAAAGUGUGCAAACGUUUCAAACUAUACCGAAAAUCAUCGUUUGCAUAGUAAUUUGCACAAAUGGAUUGACGUUAACGACUACUUGAACUUGAGCUUGUAUAAGGAAAAUGGCAAUGGAUAUUUGGACAACUCUUUAAGCCUGAGGAAAUUUUCAUCGGAUUAUUAUGACAGGAAACCUUUGCAACUACCUCUACAAGAGGAUGUUUCGACAAUUAAAAUGAAACGCAAACUUAUUAUGACACCACCAUUGGUUCAAAGCAAGCAACCCAAAUUGGAGACACCACAGGCGAACGAAAUUGAUGACAACUCUGGAAAUGAUAAGAACUCCUUGGAUAUUUUCAAGCCCAAAAUUAGUGAGGAAUACCUACGUUUGUUUAAAGGCAUAAAAAGGCAAGACGACACAUUCUAUGUCCUAUCAUUUAACAUGGAUCACAUACUGUUGCCGGCCUCAGCUUAUAACAAGAGCGCACGUCCGAAAAUGUCACUAAUGCUGCCUGCUGGUGAUCCAUCAGUUAAUGGUGAUAUAAUGUUAAUGCAAAUCGAUUGUGAAGUAGUUAACACGACCGAGUUGGAGUUGAAAUCAUUUAUGAUACCGGAGAAACUUCGCCCUCAAAAAGUUGGAAAUAGCAAUUAUAAUCCAAUUCCCAAUCCAAAUGACAUGGUAAAUAAUGAGACUCGUUCAAGGGAAGAACAGCGGAAGGCCAAAGGAACAAUGCCAGAAAUGCCGAAGCAAAAGUCGCCACCGAAAACAUAUUAUAUGAUGGGGCCCCGAUCGGCUGCUGCUGCGGAAGCUAUGAAAAAGAAGCCUACACUUGUAAGGUUAGGCAGCAACGAAAGCAUUGAAAGUAUUGCUGAGAAAGCUGAGACAAACUCAACGGUUUUCUCUACAAGAAAUCAACAUUAAUUUUUUAAGUAUAAUUUUUUGCAAAUAUUAAAACUAACUGAAAGUUAAAUGAUGGUAAAUAUUUAAUAUUUAAAUAUCAGUAUAUACUUUGCUCAAAAUUCAUACGUUUUUAGCAUUUAUAAAAUAUGUGGACACCUGUGCAUACAUACUUACAUUUAUCACUUGCAAUUUCAUUAUUUCAGUUAAUCAAUAUGCAUAUAUAUAGGAUUUUAAGAACAGCUUGCUGAAGUGACAACUAUAAAUAUACAUACAUAUAUAUGUAUGUAAAUAUACUUAACUGAUUUAUUCAAAACACAUUAACAAUCAUAUAUGUAUAUAUAGUAUUUUUUUUGUAGUAUACAUAUAAGACAUUCGAAAUCUGUUGGUAAUGAAAUAUGCAAUUUGGUCUGUGUCGUUCUUUUAGUUUGUUGUAAUGUAUUGCUUGCAUCAUAUUUGACCUGUCAGAUUCUAAUUUUCAACUCAUAGCUUAAUUAUGUGCAAUAGCUAAAUAAAAAUAUAAUUUUAGAAUAUAUCAUAUGUUGAAUUUGUAAAGAAAAUCAAUUAUAAAAUUUGGUUAAUUAAAUACCACCUUUUUAAAACAUUAUUAAAUGUGUGCAUACGGUAGUAGGACUGAAAAUUAUUAAUGCUAGUUCUCUAAAUAAAUUAGGCCUUUAUUAUGAGUGAUCUUCGAUUUUGUAUAAAUUAGAUUUUCCAAUUAAGGAUUUGACUCGGUAACGUGGCGGUCCAGAACCCGCUCGAACUGCUUUGCAACGUCCUCUACACAGUAUAUAAUAUAUCUCGUUGCAUUCAAGUCGUAGAUUAGGUAUGUUAGGGUCUAUUAUGUAUGAGUAGCAGUUUAAAAAACUAAAACUUACCGAUCCAAACAGGGUUAGAUCGCCGAAAUAACAGACAUUGGCCGGAUAAAAUCCGGGUUAAUUCCAGUAACGUAGAACCGGCUAUUGUGGGAAUUGCAACUUCGUUUU